GCCAUCAUUUGACCAUUCGUUCGUCGCAGUUGCACACCCAUUUCGCCAUUAUCUUAAAAAUUUACGCAGCACUUCCCCUUACAAAGUUGCACAUACGAACAAAAGGGGAGAAGGAUAUUACGGAAAAUAAUGCGUUACCUGUGGGUUUUUAGAGGGAGAUAGUGAGCGGCUGGCCUGUCCGUAUGAACACACAGAAAGGGAACCAUAGUUCAAGUUGCUCCAAAAUAUAAAAAAUAAAUGGAAGGUGUAUUAUCGAAUGGAGGACGUAUCCAGUUGGUGAAGGUUUAUCUGGUUAGUGAAUUACGUGGAAGGGCGGAGCGCACAUAAGUUAGGUUACACACAAAGAUGUAAACGUGAAGACGUUACCCUAUAAAAGCGCCCUCUUACACACACGUCGCGCCCCAGUUGACGACAGCUCCUUUUAGUAAAACACAAAGAAUAUGAAAAAAUGUGACAUUUUUUUCUUAUAUUUAAUUUUUUUCGUUCUAACCACUAUCAAACGUUGCCAACCGUUUAUAAUUCCAAACAACACAAAAAUGGUGAACGGCCCUCUUCUGAAAAGCUGCUGCAGGAGCAAGCGAGUUGUAACCAUUUUUGGGAAAAAAAAAAAGAACAGGAAAGUUGUUGUCAUAGAAUGCACUGAAGCAAGGAAGUACGGGAAGCAGCCGUCGAGAUAUGUGACAGAGAAAAAUAAAGUAAACACACCGAAGAAGUUGCAGCUGUACAAGUAUAAUAAAUAUCUUAAAAGAAGAACAUUACACGUAGAAAUUAAGUAAUUGCGUGCCGAAAGAAACGUUCCUUUGUUUUUCUACCGCGACGCCUUUCGUGCAUAUCCGUGUUCCUUUUUCUUUUUUUUUGUCGUAACGUUUUUUUCUUUUCCUUUUUGUUCCUAUCAACGGUUCGCCAUUUCAUUUUUCCUCUACGGAAACUCCCUGCGUUGUUUAUACUAACGUUACUAUUUAAAACGUGAAUUUUAUUCUAAGAAGCGGA